UGUAUCGCACAGUCCAGGAUGUUGUUUUUCUCCUGCCAGGCUGGCAGCUUCUGUCUCUGCUGCAGCAUGGAUCUAAAGACUCUGGAGGACUUUGGCGAACAGACAGGAGGAGGAAGAGCAAUGUGUCACAACAGUUCAAUGCUUUCACCAUGAUGGAGAGAGGGUGGGCGAUAACAAAAACAGAAGGAAAAGGGGAAGAACCUUUGAAUGUAUCCUACACUUUCCCAAAUGGGGACCAAUAUGAGGGUGAGUGUAGAAAGUCUACAUUAGGUGUGGUGAUGAGGAGUGGCACUGGCAAACAAACCUCAGCCAGGGGAAUUGUAUACACUGGAGAAUGGCAAGAGGACAAGAUGAAUGGCAGUGGGACCCUUGAGCAUCCCUCUGGAGCUGUGUAUGAAGGAGAGUUCAAAAACAACAUGUACCACGGCACAGGGACUUACACCUUCCCUGAUGGCUCCAAGUUCACGGGCCACUUCUGUAAGAACAAGCUAAAAGGAGAAGGGACGUUUACAGACACACAGGGACUGGUUUGGACCGGAGAUUUCCACGGCAAUGCAGCACUAGGCCUCAAACUACAGCACGACGUGCUGGGAUUGAGCAUGACAACGCAAGAAUUGUAAUGCCAGAAACAUGUCAUACAGUACGCCAUAUUGUACAUUAAAAUGACUGACAUCC